AGAGAGAGAGGCAGAGGCGAAUGGUCCUGUAAUGAGAGAGAAUACUGCAGCUCUCUCUCAGAUUCCACACGCUGUCAGCGGCACGCCUCACUCUCAGACGCACGCACUUGCCGAGCCGAGUGCAGUAGCACUGACAUCCUCCGCAGGACAGAGGGGCUAUCACAUGCUAUCAGAGGAGCGUCCAUUAGUGCUCAGCCCUUUGUUCCUCUGUAUGGUUCCAUUUUUUCAUCUGUAAUAUUGUUCUUGUUUCGGAGGAGAAGGAGCCAUGCCGGGGGAAACAGCACAUAGAGAAGGCCCUCCUGCUGGACAUCUGCACAACACACACACAGACACACACACAGGCUUGCCUGGACCAGACAAGAACAGAAAUGCAUCCAGCUCCUCGAGCUCUACCCCUACUGACAGCAGCUCCACCCCUACGGAGAGUGGCUCCACCCCUUCCCCCAGCACAUCUCCCCAGCUCUCGUUGACACAGUACAGUCCUUUUGGCCCGCGGCUGAUCAUGGCCAAACCCAACACUACCGCCCCCCGCCCGCAGCCUGAGGGGGCGAGCUUCGACUCCGACGGCCGACACGGAACCGUGGGUCGUCUGACCGGCAACUUUGGCAAAGGCCAAUGCCGACGUGGACCAGUCAAGAUGGAGAGAAUAAAAGUGCUGAUGGGAGCGGAGAUAGAGAGCGAUUACCAGGAGCCAGAGAGCAUGGACACCCGCGUGGUCAUGGGACAGGAGACCCUGCUGAGGAACAUGGAUAAACAAGAAGCGGUUCUCCCUUCACAGCCCACGGAAGAGCAGUCCGUUAAAGAGCUUGCGAGUCAGGACACCGCGUCAACCCCAACCUCCACAGUUUUAUUUGACUGCCAGGUGAAGGGAAGGGAAGAGGCCGGGCUGGAUACUGGUCAAGACAGCUGCGUCCUGGACCGCAGAGAGAGCGUGACUCCCACACCGGAGCAGGAGUGUGAGGCCCCAGCACAGCUCCUGGAGUGCCCUGUCCUCGAGCCGAAAGAGUCAGAGAGCGUGAGAUUGACCGAUUACAGUAGCAGUCCUCUGCUGGAGGAGCAGGUGGAGUCUCUGUCUCUGUCUCAGGGUGAAGUGCCUUCCUUAUCCUUUUCUGAACCUUCCUAUGCAGUCGACCCUCAGCGAGUCGGCAUGCUCCCCGGCCUGGACCCAGACCGCUACUACACAGCGCCCUCCACGCCUAUAAAGAUGGCCUACUGCUCUCACCUUAAGAACCAGUGGCUUCCCGGAGCCCUCAGCUCAGGUCCUGGGUCCCCCACAGACGAGUCCUCCGACCUGUGCUCCCCCCCCACAUCCCCCUCGGGGUCCUACAUCACAGCAGAAGGGGGCAGCUGGACGUCCUCCUAUACCUCCAGCACCUCCCACUCGUGCUCACCAAAUUUGAUCGCAGAGGCCGAGAUGCAGGAAGCUCCAGCCUGCUAUGUAGGCUCGCUGUCUGAGAUCGGAGACGAAAUGGGAGAGGACCACACCAGUACCGAAAGGGAAACUAGCAUCUCGAAGGUAGAUGGUGUGAGCAAGCCUCCCGGGGCCCUGUUUUUUGAAGUAGAGGAAGAGGAGGCAGGGGAAUGUCGAUCUCAAUGGACGUCUGCAGAGUACUCAUCUCCUCACAGAAGUAGCAGUGGGAGGAGCUCAGACUCGCUAGGGGGGGAGGAGGAGGAGGAGGAGGAGGAGGAGGAGGAGGAGCAGGGACAUUCUGGGGGCUCAGCCAUGCCUACAGAUAGGCAAGGAGCUGCUGAAAAGCCCCAGGUGUUCAGUGAAGACAAUCAUGACGACCCAGACGCCGACCUGGAGUUAGAUUUGAAUGCGUGUGUUUCCGAGCACUUUGCCAGGCACGCCGCUCCUCUCAGCCCCGAGGAGGACUUUGGCCCAGAGAUGGUUUCCUCCCUCCCCUUCUCAGAGCACUUGGCCAUGGGUGCUGCUACCGCUGCGGACACAGGCAGCAUAACUCCCGCAACAUGUUCAUCGGAGGUGUCCGACACGGACAACAACAGCCUGUACGGAGAUAUGAGUUCGUCCUCUUUCCAUUUCCAAGGAUCCUCCCGAGAUGAUGGGCCAUGCGGAGAUGGAAUGAUCCUGGCCUCGAUGCUUCCUCCACAUGCCAGUCUGAUCUUCCAGGCUGACUCGAUGGAGAUCACUCUCUUUCCUACAGAGGAUGAGCCUGGGAACGAUGUGGAUGCUUAUGCGGCAGGGGAGGAUGAGGGAGAUGUGGACGAUGAUUAUGAAGAUGACUACAAUGGUGAAGAUGAAGAAGAGGUGGUCUUGGAGGAAGCGGAGGCAGCAGGAGUGUCAGCAGAGGAAGGGGAUGUGAAGGGUGUUCCGGGUGUUCCGGGUGUUCCGGCUGUUCCGGGUGUUCCGGCGGAGGAUCCGACUGAGGAGGACACCUCUGCCUCUUUCCUGAACUCGCUCUCGGAGAAUUCCAUUAACGAGGGCGUGGAUGAAUCCUUUGCCUACCAAGAUGACACAGAGGAGUCGGUGGAUUCUGCCUCGUACAAUGGAGACGAGGAUGAAAAGCUGUACAGCACGGAGAGGCAUGCUGAACUUGCCCAGAGCUUUCCUGGCCCAGAUGAUCCCGUGCAGGCUGUGGCCCAUGCACUCCCGGAACUCUCUGGGAGCGAAAGUGAUAUGGAGAUAUCCUCUGGGUCCUCAGAUCCCCCUCCUGCUAAAGAGUGUCAACCUUCAGUGGACAACGGUGUUGCGUCAGGGUCGCUGCCUGAUCCCAAACAGUCAGAGACACAGCUGGAAGAGGGUGGACGCUCAGUUGCUGCAGCACUAGAGACGCAACCACCUGUGGAAGACACGGAACAAAACAAUGACUGCACAGACAGUACCUUGUCAGAUUUGGCCAAAGAAUUAGCUGAGGUAUGCUGUGCACAACUUUCACAGAUGGAUGAGUUACAGUCAGCAAAUCCUGCUACAAUCAAUGAAAACCUAUUUCCCACAGAAUCAAUCCAAGAGUCUGCUGACGGCAUCAGCAAGAUGGAUCCCUGCCUCCUGGGCGCUGCUGCUGCAGCAGCUGAUACGGGAUAUGAGACUCAUUUCAGCACUGAUCUGGAGCUUGAUAAUCAAAAUGGCAACAACAUUGAGCCUAUUGACAUCCCUCUGAGUCUGGACGACACUGCCACAAAUGACCUCAAUAAAGGGGUCCCACCACUGGCCUAUCCCAAAGAUGACCGCAGUCCCAGCAAUAUCCCAGUGUGUGCCUAUCCGGAACUUUCUGACAUCCCCGACAACCUUACACCUGCUGAUGUCUCACCAUCUGAGCGAUCUCUUGACCAGGACAACCUUUCAGAGAAUCAGCCUGGCACAGAUGACUUUAGUCUGGACCCACUCAACCUGUCUGGCUCACCUUACAGCAUUCUCACAAUUUCACCCAAGAAAGAGAACUCCGACAGCAACGUCUCCAAGGAGGAACACCUCCCAACAGCAUGGGCUCCAGAGGACGCCUCGUCGCUGAACGAGUGCUGUGAUUUUGAGGCAGAAAAUGUGCUGAGGUGUGAAGUCACCAAUUCUUUGACUACCAAGACGACCACUGGUGACAGAGACGACGACAACAUCAGUCUGUCUGAUCUGCCCGAGAAAAUGACGGAUGUUGAUGUCGGUGUUUUGGAGUCUAAUCUGGCUAGCUGGAAGUCCAUUGAGGAUCUGUCUGAGGCAGGGGGUGGGGAAGGUGGGAGCUCUCAAUUUCCAGAGGAUGACAUCAACAACCUUCAAAAUCAGGACAGCAGCUCCCUUAGAGCGUACCAUUCCAACAAAGACGCAGAGGACGCAGGGAACUAUCCAGAAAAGACAGGUAUGCUGUUGUUAUCCAGUGCAAAGCCCAACUGUCUGGAAUUCAACAUUCUUUCAGAUGUGGUGAAAGAGGAACCACACUCAGAAUUAAACAUCGCUGAGGGGGAAUGUGCUGCAAAGCGAUCAGCAGAAGAGGCAGCGACUCUAAAUAUACCUGCUGAGGAGGCACUGCCAGACAAUGAUAAAACAUCUGAAACUUCCUCCAUCAGGACUUUAUGCACAGAUGGUGCUGGAAUUGAGGAUGAAAAAGCAGAGAAUUUACCCACAACUUCUCUACCAGCGUCCCCAGAUGUGCCUGAGGCUGAAAAGCGAACAGACACCUUGGACACGUCCAACAGUGUGAAUGUUUCCAUGGACCAAAACUCUGUCGUGACCAGACAUGCUCUCCAGACAGAGAGUAAACUUAUAGUGGAUGAAACGGAGACAGCGUUCUCAUUGACUGGAGGCUCAUUUGGCAACUUCAAGACCAAAAAGAAAACAUGUGACAGGACGUCUGAAGCAUCCUCAUCGAGUUUCUUUGAGGAUGCAUCAACCAGCACUCAGAAGACCCCGGCAGGAGAACUAAAAUCGACUGUCAGAAAAUCUGAAGAGUCACAGACCAUCACUAUCAGAGCUGAAGCAGGAGUGGAUGUUAGCAGACAAGCUAAAGCAGGAGUGGAUGUUAGCAGACAAAUCGACACACCAAAGACUAAUGUGGCCUUGAGGGAACAGGAUGGUAAGAGAGAUGUUCAAUUUUCAGAGGAGAGUUUUAAAGAGGAGGGCAAAGGAAACAAACCUCCUCCUGAGCAGGAAGUCAUUGCAGAAACAGUUGCACAGGAUCCAGUCAUCUCUCAGACAGAGAGAAGGGGGACCAAACUAAAUCAAUUUGGCAAUGAACAAAACAAACAAGAAGAGUGCUUUCAGAGUGAAACAGAUAGUAAACUUAAUCUUGAACCGGAGGUGACAGCUGUUCAGGAACCAGUCAUUCUGAAACAACAGACAAAUAAGGAGACGCCCAAGGAGCUUAAAGUGAUGGAAGACACAGAUAUGCAGGACUCGUCCAUCCUACAGGAAGAGAAGAGUGUAGAGGACAAGGAGAAAUCAACAAGCCUUGAUGGACUGAGACUUGCAGGAGAUGAAAGCAAACUAGAAGUGCAUGAAAACUACGUUGCCAGGCCAACAGUGGCUAACGAGGCCACAGCAGCAGCCGCUGUGGAGAAACCUGAAGUUGGGAGAAGCAAAGUUACUGAGGCAACAGUAGAAAGUGGUAGGUCAGAUAACAUUUCAUCGGCAGUUGUGGAAGUAUGUCCAGACUCGUCUAAUCUUCGUGGACAUGUCGAAAACGAAAGCCAAUCCUCUCUUAAAAAGCAAAGCCCAGAAGCGUCCUCUGUGGAAGCAGUUAAACAUGUUACCAGUGACACCUUUGAGACAACCCCACAAAUAGCACGCCCAACAGGACGCACAAGAGACAUAAAUGCCAACCACAUUGCGAGUGGCCAGUCCUCUAGUGCGAGCGCUUGUCCUUUCACCUCGACACUUUCUCUUUCCUCCAAAAUCCCACCUCAGUCCACACUUUCACAGUCCUUUCCAUCUCCCUGCAUCUCACCCCAUGACCUCGAGGAAGAUCUGUACACGGCUACACAGGAGUCCCCGCCAGAAAUCUCUCGUUUACAAUCAAAGAACCUUUCUUCGAUUUUCCAUGUUCAUCCUUCCACCUCCCCUGCCAGUGAGACUAUAUCUUUUCCAGUCCAGGAGAGCCUUAAAGAGGGGCGUGGGAAAGCAGAGCUGAUUACUCUGCAGUCCACUAAACGUCAUGGGAAAGAUGCAGCUAAAACCUACAACAUCUCCACAGAGGGUCCUGCCGGUUUCCCGAGUGAUCCCAUGGGCUAUAAGAAAAAGAGCUCCCUGCCCACCCAGUCCAUUUUGUCCAAUAAAAAGACUCCUCUCCCAUCCAAUGCCAUGCCUCGGUCUUCAGCACAAGUCACACAUCUGCCAGACAGACAGAGAGACCGACCAGCUGCUUGUGCGAUCAGCUACAAUGACAAGUAUUCAGACACCAUGGAUGUGUCCUUCAGAAACAACCUGGGCUCCUGUGUUGACUCGGAUAGUGAAGGAUCAGUUCCAGGACUGGAGGAGCCAGAUCGGGCCCUGCUCAGACCCUCAGAUCCACAGUGUUCCUCUGCGUCUCCUGCUGAUGAAAAUCUGAACAAGGCAAAGCAGAGUCGCAGUGAAAAGAAAGCACGCAAGGCGAUGUCCAAGUUGGGUUUGAAACAGAUCCAUGGUGUGACGCGCAUCACCAUCAGGAAGUCCAAGAACAUCCUGUUCGUCAUCAGCAGACCCGACGUCUUCAAGAGCCCAGCCUCGGAUAUCUACAUCGUCUUUGGAGAGGCCAAGAUCGAGGACCUGUCGCAGCAGGUCCACAAGGCUGCAGCGGAGAAGUUCAAGGUGCCUCUGGAGCCGUCUCCUCUCAUCCCUGACGUCACACCCAGCCUCACCAUCAAAGAGGAGAGUGAGGAGGAGGAGGUGGAUGAUGCUGGAUUGGAGCAGAGAGAUAUUGAGCUGGUGAUGGCUCAAGCUAACGUGUCCCGCGCUAAAGCUGUCCGUGCACUACGCCACAACAAGAAUGACAUAGUCAACGCAAUUAUGGAGCUGACUAUGUGAGGGAGGAGGAGAUUCUGCCUGAGCCUGCUGGCUGCACCUUGGCCCAUAUCGCUGCUAUGUUGCACCCUACUGUCCCCAUUUCCUGCUAAAUAAAGUUAUAGAAACACUCAAA